AUGUCAGUUCAUAGUGGGUUUACAACUCGAGAACAAGAGGCUCAGUACAACAAGAACCUCUAUAGCCUUAUAUUCCUGGUGCAGAAUACUCUUACCCAGAUUUUGAAGUCAAAAGCUAAGCUCCAAGUUGCUUUUAACGAGCAAGACUUUUGAAAAUACUUUAAGAAUAUUUAUGAGAAAAUUAUGAAGGAAGAGCAAUACAAAUAUAUUCCUCCCAAAUUUGGCUCAGCCUUCAGAGAUUUAGCUCAAUUUUAUGAUCUAGACACAGAUGUGAACAAAGAAAUGAAAUAUAUCGCAAAAUCUUUAUCAGAAAACUCUAACACAAUGGAGAGAAAGGUCAACUCAAGAGAGAAAGACGAUAACGAUCAAAAUAUUCUUCAAAGAGAUGGGUUAGAAUUUGAACUGAAAAUUAAAUUAAAAUAACACUCCUCAGAGGAAUAACCUGAAGAGCUCUUCCACGACUGUUGGUAUGAACAAAAUACUGUCGAAGAUAAAUAGUAAGAGCCAGUCAAGGUUUCUGAUCAACUCUGAAUAUUGCAGUUCCAAGGAAAAGACCAGUUCUAAGAGGAAACAUAAAAUGAAAUAGAAACUGCUUCAAUAAUAGGAAUUACACUACACCAGGAUUUUUAAAAACUCGGAACAAAAGUAUUCCCUGCUCUAGGCCCUACCAAGGGUAUGAUCAGCAGAAUAACUCCAAACCGUAUUACUAUACUAACAAUGACAGCCAGUCUGAAACAAAUUCCUUCAUUGAUAAGAAAAAGCAAUAUUUGUUAAACAAAGUGAGUAAUCGAAAUAAAUUCCAGAGAACAGCUGCAAAAUUUAUGCCACAGAGAAUUCACUCAAGCUCGAAUUCCUCUCUGGAUGAAAUUCAAGAAACUCCAGAGGUUAAGAAGAAAUACUUCCGUAUGGAUUCAAAAACAAAAGAUAUAUUCUUCAAGCUGAAGAAUAAAGGAAUGCAGAUGCAUAGAGAUCGACUCCUCAAGUUGUACAACACAAUGGAUUCUUAAUUUUUCAAUCUUAGCGUUCAAAAA